AUGGACAACCUAACAUUCAGAUACAACAUACUGUUAGUGGAGGGACUGAAAAUUACACCACAGUCCACUUAUCCUGCAUUUGUCCUCCUUUUGAUUUCUUACAUAUUUAUAAUGGUUUCCAACAUUGGGAUUGCGACUCAGAUUUUAGCAGAUAAAAAAUUACACCAGCCCAUGCACAUUCUUUUCUGCCAUUUACCACUAAAUGACAUAAUGGGAGCAACUGUUCUUUUACCACACUUGUUGAGGGACAUUUUAACGGAUCCCUCUGAGCGCUACAUCACAUAUGUGGAGUGUGUUAUUCAAGCUUAUUUUGCCCAUUUGUAUGGAACAACAUCACACACCGUGCUAAUGAUCAUGGCCUUUGACAGAUAUGUGGCCAUAUGCAAUCCACUGCGAUAUCCAACCAUAAUGACCAAUAAGAUGAUAGUUAAAUUGUCGGCAGCAGCCUGGGGUGUUGCAAUUGUGCUGGUGGGAAUUUUGAUCAGCCUCAGUGUGCGUCUCUCUCACUGCAGAUCAGUGAUUCUAAACCACAUUUGUGACAAUGCUUCACUGUUUAAACUGUCAUGUGAAGAUGUGACAGUUAAUAAUGUUUACGGAUUAACUUUUACUGUAGUAUUAUUCACGUCCUCAAUUGGAUGUGUUUUUAUGACAUAUCUCAUGAUUGCAAUUGUAUGCAUAAAAGGCAAAAACAAAGCAACAAACAGCAAAGCCAUUAAAACCUGCUCCACUCACUUGGCUGUUUAUGUAAUAUUGCUGACCUCUGGAUUCAAUGUCAUUGUUCUCCACCGUUUCUCUGCAUUCUCUGAGAAUAGAAAACUAUCUAGUGUAAUGUUGCAUGUUAUACCACCAGGAUUGAACCCCGUUAUAUAUGGUUUACAAGCUAAGGAAAUAAGACAAAAAAUGGUCAAACUUUUUAGAAAUAAAAUUUUAUUCUAA